AUGGCGAAUGCAUCUGGGAUUUCUACUCCCACGGCGGCCGGCGUUGGGAGGAGAUUUUCGCCGUCGAUAGGCAUUUAUCGAUCUGGGUUUUGGUUCUCUGAGGUCGUGGCCAGGAGAAUAGUGUGCUCCAGCGCUACUCAUAGCGACAAGACGCUCUCCCCUUCUGAUUCGAGAGCUCCUAGGCUUGUAAGCAGAGGCUGCAAGCUAGUUGGAUGUGGGUCUGCUCUACCGAGUCUCCAAAUAUCCAAUAGCGACCUCUCGAAAAUUGUCGAUACUAACGAUGAAUGGAUAUCGGUUCGGACAGGAAUUCGGAAUCGAAGAAUACUUGCUGGGAAAGAUAGUCUAACCAGCCUGGCUGUAGAGGCAUCACAGAAAGCUCUUGAUAUGGCGGGUGCUAGUCCUGAUGACGUGGAUCUCGUGCUAUUGUGUACAUCGACUCCAGAAGACUUGUUUGGCAGUGCCCCACAGAUUCAAAAAGCACUUGGAUGCAAAAACAACCCGUUAGCAUAUGACAUUACUGCUGCAUGCAGUGGUUUCGUUUUGGGCCUAGUUUCAGCCGCUUGCUACAUUAGAGGGGGUGGCUUCAAAAAUGUUUUGGUGAUUGGGGCCGAUGCAUUGUCUCGCUAUGUCGAUUGGACUGAUAGAGGAUCGUGUAUCCUUUUUGGUGAUGCUGCUGGUGCCGUUUUAGUACAGGCAUGCGACAGUGAAGAGGAUGGUUUAUUUGCGUUCGACAUGCACAGUGAUGGUGAAGGGCAGAGACACUUGAAAGCUAACAUUAAAGAAAAUGAGAAAGAUCGCUCAAUGGGCACAAAUGGGUCGCUCCUCGGGAUUCUACCAAAAGACACAUCUUACUCGUGCAUCCAAAUGAAUGGGAAAGAGGUGUUCCGAUUCGCAGUUCGUGUCGUCCCACAAUCGAUUGCUUUGGCCUUAGAAAAGGCGGGCCUCAGUGGAUCUAAUAUAGAUUGGUUGCUUCUUCACCAGGCAAACCAAAGAAUCAUUGAUGCUGUAGCCACACGGCUAGAAAUCCCGGGUGAACGAGUGAUAUCCAACCUGGCGAAUUAUGGCAACACGAGUGCUGCAUCGAUCCCUUUGGCAUUGGAUGAGGCCGUUAGAAGUGGGAAGGUCAAAAGUGGUCAAACCUUAGCUACUGCAGGUUUUGGAGCAGGGCUCACGUGGGGCUCGGCCAUAAUCAGAUGGGGUUGA